CCCCUUUCCUUCCUCUCCCUCCCUCUCUAUUACCCACUCGCCGUAGCCAUUUUGGCUCAAGUUGAGGUGGGGCGCUCGCCCAAAACCGCCGCACCCACAACCGUGCGAAGACCGCAGCCAUGGGCGAGCCUGCAACCAAGAAGGCCAAGACCGAGCGUACUUUCCUCUUCUCGUCGGAGUCCGUGAACGAGGGCCACCCGGACAAGCUCUGCGAUCAGGUCUCCGAUGCCGUGCUGGACUGCUGCCUUGCGGGCGAUCCCAAGAGCAAGGUCGCCUGCGAGACCGCUACCAAGGACAACAUGGUCAUGGUCGCGGGCGAGAUCACCACCCAGACAGCGAUCGACUACGAGAAGGUCGUCCGCGGUGUGGUAAAGAAAAUCGGCUUCGACACCUACGUGGAUGACCUGUCCAGCGUGGACAGCAAGGGUCUCAGCGACACCACGUGCGAGGUCCUGGUGCGCAUCAACAAGCAGAGCCCCGACAUCGCUGGCGGCGUGCACGUCGGCAAGGACGAUAUGGACGUCGGCGCAGGCGACCAGGGCAUCAUGUUUGGCUACGCCACCGACGAGACCGAGGACUGCAUGCCGCUCACCCACUCGGUCGCGACCAAGCUCGGAAAGAAGCUGACGGACGUGCGCAAGGACGGCUCGCUCUGGUGGCUGCGCCCGGAUGGCAAGACGCAGGUCACCAUCGAGUACGUGCAGAAGGCCGACGGCUCCGUGGAGCCCCAGAAGUUUCACACGAUCGUGAUUUCUACCCAGCACGCUGAGCCCUUGAAGGCCACACGCACGAAGGAGUGCGCCGGCUACACGGGCGCAGAGAUGACUGCACCCAGCAUGGAGGCUAUGAACAAGGAGAUCGUCGAGAAAGUGAUCAAGAGCACCCUCGCAGAGAUCAAGCUCAAGAGUGGCAAGCCUGCGCUCACCCUUUUCGGAGACCACACCCACCUGCACAUCAACCCGUCGGGCAAGUUCAUCAUCGGGGGUCCCCAGGGCGAUGCGGGCCUCACCGGCCGCAAGAUCAUCAUCGACACCUACGGGGGCUGGGGCGCCCACGGUGGCGGCGCCUUCUCUGGCAAGGACCCGACCAAGGUGGACCGCUCGGCGGCGUACAUCUGCCGGCAGAUGGCCAAGUCCGUGGUGAAGAGCGGCCUGUGCAAGCGCGCACUGGUGCAGCUUUCCUACGCCAUCGGCGUCGCGAAGCCGCUGUCGCUAUUCCUCGAGACUUACGGCACCGAGCAGGGCAAGCUGUCGGCCGAGGACAUCACCAACGUGCUCAAGAUUGAGUUCGACUGCCGCCCUGGCGCCAUCGCGGUGACGCUGGCCCUUCGCGAGCCCAAGUACCAGGAGACGGCGGCCUACUGCCACUUCGGCCGCGAGGCGUACACCAAGGAUGGCAAGAAGUAUUUCGAGUGGGAGAACGCCAAGGACGUCAAGAAGUACGCCUCGAUGGAUUCGGCGCAGGUGUCUGCGGCACUGAAGGCGAGCAACUACUUGACUAAGUGGGUGGACUGAGAUGCCUCUCUUGCUCCAGGUAUCGCUACCUCGCAAAGUGAUGCGCUGCUGCUUUUCGCAGUGCAAGUUUUGCCGUGCCGGCGCCACGCCCAGAUCCGCGAGCCCGUCAGAGCCUGUGCGUUGGGUUGGUUGACCUGCUAGACUUGUGAUCUAGCACUUGUAUCUGUUGCCUCUUCCCCACCCGAGGGUCGAGCUGCCAGAGGACAAGGUCAUGCUGAUCGCGACCCUCCCCAUGGUGGAUCGAGGAGAGGAA